AUGGCACGAAAUCACCCAUCUACUACAGAAGCUACAUCCAUAACAGCGUCAGACAACGAGGAAGAGAACGAGGUGCUUCUCGAGUCGCCACUCCCUCUACAAGUCGAGUUAUCGCUGACUUCCCACACUGCGUCGCCUUCCACGCCAAUUUCUUUCACUUCAAGCGGCCGUCCCAAAGCGGUAUCAGCUGCUGCAGCUCCUUCGAUACCUCCAAUCAAUAGCCAAGACACAGACGAAUCGAAUGCGACUACGCGGGACUUCUGGAACGCUCAAAGACGUACCCAGUCAGACGGAAACAUGCGAGACUAUGGACUGUCAAUGAGACCCUCUCUUCAACUGGAUUCUGCUGCUGCUUUACCAGCACUUUUAGCCGGUCCAGCUCACUCAGAGUCUUCUCUACAGAUCCACAAUGAGAAAACAGACGUGGCGCUUCCGCCGCCCAUUUCAGUUAGAGCACCUGGUGCUCUAAAACCUCACGGGUUGAUAGCAAUGGGGGAAGGCUUUCUCGCUGGCAUGGCUGACUUUGCAGGCCUCAAGUCGCCUCGUGACAAGGCCCUACACAAAGUCGUUGUGGUGUAUCGCACACCAGGCCCGCUGUAUGUGGAUUUGCUCUCUCGAGACGACGGGACAGGAGCUCUUGUAAAGGCGUUUCGGAGGAAAGCGGAUAGAUCAAUGGCAGACGCAGAAGCUUCAGGUCGUGUGUUUCCGGGUGACGAACUGGUGACCAUUAAUAGCGUGGACGUGACCAAGAUGGUGUUUAGCGAAAUCAUUUCGGCUGUGCAGGAGGCCACGUUUCCUGUAAAGUUGACAUUUCACUGUCACCGAACACAGAACGAGGAGCUUGAAAAGAAGCAGACCAUUUUGCCACCCAGUUCACCUUCCGGUAGUCCAGGGUGGGGUGCCCGACUGAGCCAAUUGACAAAGUCAGGGUCAUUUGAGCAGAAGAACAGUGGAUCGGAUCUGAAUCGUGCCAUUCCACGGUCACCGUUGCCGUACUCAGUGAAUUCUGAAUUGAGUGGAGGGAAGUUUGGAAUCUCGCUUGGGAAGGCAGGAACUGACGGUGUGAAACAGAGUUUUUUGCGAAUUAUAAGCAACAAGCCGUCUAGGCCGGAGGAGGACAAAAAUGUGGUGAAAGCCUGGAUGGAUGAUCUUGCACUGAAACCACACAACAGCUCGGCAGGAGGACGUCGUCGCAAAGCAUCAGCAAAGAUGAAUGUUGAUGUGCCGCACUCGACGCCAAUUGUAGCUGUAACAACUGGGGGCCGAUUUGUUGGUGUACUGGAUGAGGAUCUGAACGAAUUCGCACUCACGUGGUUUCGGAAGACGCCACCCGAGACGGAUGUAAGGCCGAUCAGGGGCGUCAAGCGAUGUCCCUACUUUCCUUCCGUAGACGAUGUGGGUGCAAUUUUGUUAUUGCGCUGCGCGUCACUCCGCUUUGUACAGCUCCAGCGCGUAGUGGAGAUGCCUCGACCGUUAGUGCUGGAUGAAGACGUGAGAAAAACAGUGGACGUGUUUUUAGAAGCUGGUGCGGGUUCGUUUUCCGCUACUUUGGCAAGCAAUGAGAACGAGAGCUUCCGGAUUAAAAUAACGGCUGAAUCGGUGGCUCUUGUGAAACGAUCAGAAGACGAUGGAGGUAUCGUCGUAGAGGCUGUCUACGGUCCAUACCUUCAGGUUCUUCUUGAUCCUACCAAUCAGCUGCGGUUCACUAUCAAGGUCCAGGAGUUUGGUGGCUUCUUGGGUGCCCGUGAAGGAGAUAUUUGUGAUGUACGAAAUCGGCGAGAGCAGCUUGGAACUUUGUCUUGUUUCGUCUUAGUUGCUCAGAACCGGCAAAAUCGCGAUAUUCUGACGCUGCUGAUACGUACGUUUCGAGCUCGUGUGAUUUCACUAGAGCAAGAAGAGUUAGCUCGAGCAGAUGAAAAAAAUCUGUUUAUGGACCCUGCAUUUGAUGUCACCCCACCACCGACGUCGCCAUUUGCGUCUCAAAAUGUUGUGUUACGUUUGGGUGCAGUAUCUCCCGCAAGUGAUACCGCUACGACAAGAGAUUCUACAAGCAGUGCGGGGUCGCCGCCGUCGGCAACAACGCUAUUAUCGGAGACGACUUCUUCGCCUGUAGCGAAAAGUCUCCGUCCGGUGCAAUUACAACGCGAGGGGUCGCUAAGCUCCAUGUCUAGUACGCGACUCAGUGAUCUAGUUGGUUUGGAACGCGGGGAUUCUGGCGAGCUGACAGGAAAGCGAACAUCGGACUUCACUUUAUCGACACCAAGACCACCUCGCGCGUCCGUUGCGGCAAGCAAAAAUGGGCUUGGAAUGAGCAGCAACGAUGUUGGCGUCGAUAAUUCAUUUUUGGAGGGUCGUCUUGCCGCUCAAGCAAAGGAGAUAUCUACGCUUCGAGAGAAGCUUGUGUCGGUUUCGGUUCUUCACAACGUGGCGAUGCAGGAGAACAAGCAGGUUGCUGCAGCCAUCGAGAUGAAGAACAACCGCAUCGAGUUGCAACAAACGAAGAUUCGGCAACUUGAGAAACUCGCAAGACAACACGAUGCACAAGCACGCGAGAUGCAAAUAUUGCGUUCGAAACUCGAGGCUGAAGAGAGGCAGCUUGCAUCUUGCAGAGACGAGCUGGAGCAACUGGCCGGAGUGGCAGCAAAGUGCUCGUUGAGGACGCUUGAUCAGGAUACUCAAACUGAGGCCCAGUUUAUCACUGGAAAAGGGCUGGUAGAUACCGGUGUGUGGUCUGUACCGAGCUGGAAUCGCGAUGCCUUGUCUGGGACUGUCGCAACGGUAAGUACUACCGAUCUUCAGCAACACGUUGAGGACCAACAGGCGCAAAUUGCUCAGUUGGAGGACCGGUACGUUAAUGCGGUGGCCGAACGGAACAUGCUUCGUGCAAAAUCGACAGAGCUGUCGAGGGAGGUCCGCAAACUUGUUGAGGCCAAUGACAACCGACCACUAGAUGAUCUUGUGGCAAAAUUGGCGGAGCAAAGCCGCCUGCAGGUUGAGCUUGCCUCAAUCAAGGCUGAGGCUGCAGAAACAGCUCAAGAGUUAGCAGAGCUCAAACGUCAAUUUGACAGCGCUGGUGACAAGGUCAAAGGCGGCAAACGUCUCGUAGCUCGGAACAAGGUGCUGCUGCGUACAGUGCAGCAGCUGAAAGAAUCUUUGAGCGAAGCCAUGGACCAAGUCGAUGCAGUCAAGAAAGUCAACAGCACGCUCGCAUCCCGUCUUCAUCGUCUACAGCCGGACGCUCGUGGUGGCAUUGUCGAUUGUGCUCCUACCUCUCCAUCGACUAGUUUUCCAGCUGUCUCGUCCGAUGAUGAAGAUGGCGACGACGAUGAGGAAGACGAGGAUGAAGAGCUUCAGGAUGGCAUUGCCGCGUUUCGACGAUCACUGACAAGGAGGUGA